AUGAAACGAAGAGAGCGGAGCUGGAUGUAUGAUAGAUUGGAUGGGCGUUCUAUUAAGCCUGAGUUCUUAAAAGGGGUAGAGGAAUUCAUACAGUUUUGCGAAGAUCAUCGUGAGACUACAAAGAAUGAAUAUAGGUGUCCUUGUGUUAAAUGCAAUAACAGACGUUUUCAGGAUCCGGACACAGUAAGAAUUCAUUUGUACAGCAAGGGAUUCACUCCUCGUUAUUGGGAGUGGAUGUGUCAAGGGGAAGGGUUACCUGAAUCCUCAGUAGAAGGCAAAUCAAAUGAAUAUCGUGAUAUGGUUAUGGAUGAUGUUGGUCAUAAUUAUGAUCGAUCGGGUACUGAAGAGGAGGAGCCUAACGCUGAAGCAAAGCGUUUUCUUGAUUUGUUGAAGGCGUCUGAACAUCCAUUGUAUGAAGGGAGUUCGAUGUCGGUUUUGGAGGUGGCGGCAAGAAUUACUAGCUUAAAGUGUGAGUACAAUUUGCCGCACAGGUGUGUUGAUGGGUUCGUUUCAUUGUUGACAGAAGCGAUCCCUGGCAACAGCCGGUUGGGUGAGACAUUCUACGAUGUUAAGAAGGUUGUUAAGGGGUUGGAGCUGCCGCAUGAAAAGAUUCAUGCAUGCCCCAAGGGAUGUAUGUUGUUUUGGAAAGAGGAUGUUGAGCUUCCUACAUGUAGAGUGUGUGGCAGUGAUCGAUACAAAAGAACUUUCAAAGGCAGCUUGGUUCCAAAGAAUGCGCUAUUUUAUUUCCCGAUCACAUCUAGGUUGCAAAGGAUGUUUGCAACGAAGAACAUUUCAGAGGAAAUGAGUUGGCAUGCAAAUAAUCCUCGUGUCAAAGGCACGAUGGCACACCCUAGUGACACUGAAGCUUGGAGACAGCUUGAUACCUGCUUCCCAGAGUUUCCCUCGGAUCCACGGAAUGUUCAACUAGGGCUGUGUACAGAUGGUUUUGCUCCUCAUGGUAAGUUGGGGGUCAAUACUCUUGUUGGCCCGUGA